ACGUUCGUUAGGUGUCACUUGAUCAGCAACGGUAAAAAUUUGGAAAUGGCGACGACGAUGGAAAUCGACGACGAUGACUGCGACCUGCCGACUUCCAGCAGUGGGAAGGGCGAGAAGAAGCGUUUUGAAGUGAAGAAGUGGAAUGCAGUAGCACUAUGGGCAUGGGAUAUCGUUGUGGACAAUUGUGCUAUCUGCCGUAAUCAUAUUAUGGAUCUGUGCAUUGAAUGUCAAGCAAAUCAAGCGUCUGCUACAAGUGAGGAGUGCACAGUAGCAUGGGGUGUAUGCAACCAUGCUUUUCACUUUCACUGCAUCUCACGCUGGUUGAAAACACGACAAGUAUGUCCUCUUGACAAUCGUGAAUGGGAAUUCCAGAAGUAUGGUCAUUAAUUAAACAUUUAGCUGUGCAAGUUUAGCCGGUCAUAUGGAACAUCAUUUUCAAGCAAACUAGGAGAUUAUAUUUUCACAUGUCAAACACAAUUGCAUUGAAGAAUUACAGAUGAGUAAAAAAGAAAGAAAAAUACAAAAAUGAUUUGUGCACUACCAAAUUUACUGUUUCUCUUGUCACAACAUGAAGUUUCAACUAGUAAGAAGUAUUCAGUUUUUGAAAACCCUAUUUACAAAUUAAUGGCAUUAAAUUAUACGAUUAUAUAUCUUGUAGGUUGUAAGUUUUACAAUAAAUAAAAGUGAUAAAAUAUUUGGAGUAA